CCGGUUUAAUUCGCGGAAGAACCCGGUCGGGUGCGCAGGCUUGGUCGGAAGGAGGAGAGGGGAGGAGAGCAACCGAAGAAGAUGAUACUGCUCCAGUCCCCGUCGAGGUUUCUGCUCCAGAUCCUGCAGGAAUGCGUCAUCAGCGGCGAGAAGGGCGUGGACAUCGACUGCCACACGGUGGAGUUCGACGACGUGCGGUAUCACAUCCAGUUCUCGAUGAGGAAUCCAAAGGUAGUGGUGCUGUCAGUGGCAUUGCCUCUCCCACCUCCUGAGGCGAUUCUGUAUGAUGGGCUUCCACUUGGUGCCAUUGAGGCUAUAAAGGCAGUGUAUGGGCCAGUCGUGCAAAUUCUUGACCCUCCAAAGGAUGGCUUUGAUUUCACAAUGAAGAUAAACUUGACAAAGCUUCCGCCAGAUGAAGAGCAAAGGAAUGCUGUCUUGACACAAAUUGCAUCUGUUAGAGAGGUUGUGCUCGGUGCACCACUGAAGCUUCUGCUGAAGCAUCUAGCCUUGAAGGCAGUAGCUCCUAAUGUUGAGAAGCUUGUUGCACUUGUUCACCGUCCUAAUGAAUCAUUUUUCCUUGCUCCCCAGGCAGAUAAAGUCACAGUUGUGUACCCAAUGAGAUUUCAGGACUCCAUUGAUAUUGUUUUAGCAACUUCUUUCCUGCAGGAAUUUGUGGAGGCAAGGCGAAUUGCUGCACUUAAUAAUGCUCCUUCCUGUAUGUGGUCUCCAGCACCUCCUCUUGAGUUAAAAGGAGUACCUGUUGAUGCACUGAAUGCAAAUGCUGGCUUUGUUACUUUUGUUGUUUUCCCUCGGCAUGUUGAUGGUAAAAAGCUAGACAAAACAGUUUGGAGUUUGUUGACAUUUCAUGCUUAUGUAAGCUAUCAUGUGAAGGCUUUGGACCGAGCAAAAUCUGACGCGGAGAAGCUGAAGAAGUUGGUGCAUGGUGGAUCUUUGAAAAGACUGGUUUGUGCUUUGUGCAAGUAGGUAGCACUCGUGCAUAGCCCAUCUCUUCUAUCUCUGAUUCGUGCUAUCCUUGCAAAGCCUGAAGAAUGAAGGGAACUCGCAUUUCUGAAGGCUGUACCUCAAAUAUCUUGAUGGAUGAUGUUGAACCGUCCAUGACGGAUCUGUUUGUACUGCUUGGUAGAUGACAUCCAUUCAGUUGCGGGAAGCACAGGCUGGAAAUGAGUCAGACAAAAAUAGAAUCGUGUUUUGGGAGGAUAUUUGUAUCCACGGUGGGAAGUUGAUAAGACAAAGGUGCAAAGUGGCCUCUGUAAAUCGUCAAGCAGAAAUCUUUGAUCUAUUCAUCAAAUUUUCCUUUUACAA